CUUUAUCAACACCAGAUUUGAUGACACAAGUCUCUUGUUCGACUACUUUUGCGACACAACUUUGUCAUUUUUCUCCUCUGUUUGUGUCAAACGUCCUCCCGGGGUCAACUGCUGGUCGGUUUGGUCAUUGAUGCGAGCGUCAAAACUCACAACUCACAACUCAAACUCAGUCUUCAUAACCGUCAAUGACUGUGAACGAGGCAUUAUUGUAUCUGUGCCUCUUCGUCCUUGGGGUGGUCUCCGACUCUGAAACCAUGUAUUAUAACACGAGCAUGGCAAUCUGCCAACGAAGCAGAAUCUUCCCGAGAUGUGGCUGACUAUGCUCUCGUUCAACAAGCAUGAAUCCACGUUCAUCAUACCGUUAGAUGAGUCCUAACCAUAUCUAUAUAAAGUUGGCUUCAACUCUGGCAAUGCAGAGUUGGGGUCUUGAAAUCACGCAUGAUAUAUUGAUAUCCUUCCACCUCUAAAUCAAAAUCAACUGUUCGGACGUGAUUCACUAUGUGUUACAUCGAGACAAUCCACUUCACUCAUUGCAGACAUACCAAUGUGGCAUUUCGAGUAUGUCUCGGCACAGAGGAUCUCGAUGCCGAGCAUAUGCAGCCUAAUGCCAUUGGCCAUUCCAUGCGCAGGCUCUGUCCAAGUUGCCUUACACACGCAGUUGCAUUCAUCCUGAUUAAGACAAACGGGUAUAACCGCGAUAAUUAUGAAGAAUAUGUGCAAUCGGAAGUCUAUGAGGACGAUUUUGCCGAAUAUGUGAAUGAUGCACUUGAAUCCAAUAUUCGAGCUCGAGAAGUGGUUUCCACCGGACUCAAGAGCUCUUACGAACUCUCCAUGGACAGGGAUACAUGGUGUCCCCAGAACACGCACACCAUCCACAAUGACCAACCUGGUGGUAUCGCGCAUGGGGCUUGCCUCGUUGUUCGUCAGGACGAGUUUGACCACGCAGUCAUGUGUCAAGAACCCGAGAGACGGCUUGAUAGGGCUGUGGUCACCUACUCCGCGGCCUUUAGAUGGGAUCAACGCCAAACUAUCGAAUACUCGGAAACGGAGAAUCCGAACUUUCGAUUCGGCCUGGAGGUGCCAGAUCUCUUCGAGGUACUUGUUUAUUUUUCCCGAUGUGAACACUAUAAUGCCAUCUUCAUGGAAGCCACCGAUCGUACUUCAUCCCAGCGAUCCGAACACACCAAGUGUGGGUGUAACGACUUUGAUUGGGACCUGCCGUUCAGCCAGUAUGCCGAGAGUAGCACGGAUUGCAUGUACUGCCGACGACCGGCAGGGCAUGAGAACGACCCUCGCUUUCGAUAUGCUCAUAGGUUUAUGAGGAUGAUUCCGGCAAGUGCAGCUGGAUACAGACAAAUAGCGACGUGGCCGGAUACAGCACGACUAAGCAAUUUAGAAUGA